AUGUCCGUCGGCGCAAAGUCUCAGGUGGACAAGCUCACGCUCGAUACUCUCGUGGUGUCUAUUCGGACUGCCAACAACGACGCGAGUAGGAAAAGAUCGAAAUCGCCGUCAAAGUCGAAGCAUCAUUGGAAGAUCUCGAACAAAUCAGCCACCGACUCCGCAAAGAAGAAGCUUCGAAUCAGCCCGCCCCUACCCACCAGGCCGGCUCAGCCUCUAUUCCAGCAUCGACUCUUGGAGUCAGAUCCUGACCUGAACUCCACGACUGCUCCGCCUGUGAAAGCCAAGAAACCCAUCCCCCACUCACAACUUGCUAUGCCUCAGAUGACCAGUCUUGACGACACACUGUCAGGGUGCCGACUCGCUGAUUUGCCGCCAGACAAACGAGGAACGGCCUUUGAGCGCAUUCACCCGGAUGGGUGGGACAAGAUUCUACCCAAGGAGUGGGUAGUGGAUGAAUUGAGUGAUAACGGAGAUAAAGAAGACAUUCGAAGUGCGUAUAGCCAGGACUAUAAUAAAGAACGAGAAGAAGGAGGGAGUGCGCAUACUAUACGAGAUCAAAGACAGGAUCACAGGCAGUCUUCUCAGGCAACAGACCAGGGUGCUGAUCAUGGCGAUCGUCUUUCAUCAGAUCAGGCGUCGUCCAAUUUGCGAUCUCCUGUCAGUCCUCAACGAGGCAAAGUAUCGAAGUUCAACGGCAGCGAUCCAUGCCUAUCGCGUCUACUUCCAUAUCCCAGAACCAAGCCCUAUGACCUGUUUCAAACUCAACAGUCGCCAUCCACCUUGAAUCAAAAUGGCGACCAACUUUGGAGCCGACGUCCACUAUAUAUUUUUGGAGAGGGCUCAGCACCCCCCAUGGACGUCGAAGGCAACAAUCACAACGGACUGACCUCCAAAUUUCUUCACGAGCAUCACCACCCAUUAUCCCCGCCGCCACUACGACCGAGAGAGCCGGCAAAGCAAGAUGGAUGCAGACAGGCCAGCCCUCCUACGGGGACCUCAGCGAAGAAAUGUCUACCACACACUCAGUCUCGGAGCGACCCUAAAUCAGACGUCGUGGUGAAAGAGACAGCGAAGAAGAAGGAAAAUCAAUCGCUCCAGUCUUCCUGGCUGUCGAUUAUUUGUACGUCUGAGGAUGAGGAGAAUCCUGGCGAUCCGAACUCCGGACCUAAUCCUGACCCUGACCGUGGCCCUGGUGGUCGUCAUGGCUACGACGUAGAGCUAGCUCAAUGUCCGCACAAGGAUAAAGAUUACCUCGUCACACGCAUCGAUGAAAUCCUCGACCUGUAUCUAAGGGACACGGCAGAUGAGGAAACAGAGACUGACACUGACACGGACGUGCAGGCAAAGGUAUCAGAUCUGCUGCACCAUACAUCCCAGCCAGGUUGUCGGUUCCGUGCUCGUCGCGCUAAAGGGAUUUUCCAAAAUCAUGUCUCCUCCGAGCUGCUAACAGGGCAGGCGGCAGGUGCGAGAGACAGUCAUGUUGGGAUUGGAGGGGACAAGAACAUGGACACGGAAAAAGCCCGGGUGAGUAGGAGAACAAGCGAAAUGGGGAGGGAAUGGGAAAACAAACUCAGAGACGACUGGGUUCCGUCCGAUGUCGUCACGGCGCCGGAUUCACACGGGUGGACGUGGAUCUAA